AAGGACUUAACCAUUUUGAUUUUGAAAAUGUCCUCACCAAUAUUAGUUGAAUCUUUUUAUACCUUGAUUGUAGUACAGUGCUGUUAUGAUGACUGUUGACUUGAGAAGGUAAUAUUGGUGUAUUUUUCAUCCCAGAGCUUUGAUGGAGUGGAAGUACAAAAAGGUGGUAUUUCAUUUCCCACGCUCUAACGGUUUUUUAGUGAUGUUGCGUUUUUGGUUUUGUUACUUGGAGUGGUACAUUCCACUUUAGUUUCCAGGCGAGACGUUUUCCGUCCGAGUGGUACAGCCCACUUUUCUCGCGGAGGCAGGCAGGCAGGCAAGUAAGUCAGGCAGGCAGUCGGGCAGUCGGGCUGACGGGCUGAAUUCCAUCCCCAGUUGGGACGCGCGAUGUCGAGCACACUCCGGCGCAGCCCAGCCCACGGAGCCAUGGAGCCACUCUACCGACUUUUAGCAACGCUCCUCGUCGUUUACGGACCCGCCGGCGUCGGCGGCGACCUGGUGCUGGUCCCCGAGAAAGUGGACGCCGUGCUGGGCAAGAGGAUCACGCUGGGCUGCCACAUCAAGUUGGUGCCCAACAUCACGCUCAUCCAGAGCUCGUGGGAGCGGCAGAUCGCUUCGGGCAGGGAGGUCCUGGCCGUGUACCACGUGGACCACGGCACGUACGUCGACCCCGAGUUUGCCGCCCGCGUGGCCUUUGUUCCCACCAGCACCAACCGAGCGGUCAACAUCUCCCUGAGCGGCGUGACUCUGGAAGAUGGGGGCGCGUACACCUGCAAGGUGUCCACUUUCCCGCUGGGGAACGGCCAGGCGACCACCCAACUCAACGUCUUAGUGGAGCCCAAGGCCUACGUGUCGGCCGGGCCCGACACCCUGCUGGAAGGCGAGGCCGAGUCGCUGGUGGCCACCUGCGUGGCCGAGCGCGGCCUUCCCGCCGCCGAGGUCUCCUGGGAGGCGGAGCUGAGCGGGCGCGUGGAGACGCGCCGGCGCGACGAGGCAGACGGCACGGCCAGCGUGCACCUGCGCUACUUGUGGACCCCCGGGAGCGCCGCCCAGGGCAAGAACCUCACCUGCGUGGUGCGCCACCCCACGCUGGAGACGGACUUUCGCAUCGUCUACGUGCUCAAUGUUCACUUUGCGCCGACGGUCCGCAUGGAGGGCAACGAGCAAAACUGGUACGCCGGACAAGCCAACGUCACGUUGAGCUGCAACGCUCGGGCCAACCCGCCCGUCCGGGAGUAUCGCUGGGCCAGGUUGGACGGCCCCAUGCCGGAGCGCGUCGCCGUCACGUCCAACAGGCUGGCCUUCACACGGCCGCUGACGCUGAACGACUCGGGCGUGUACCGCUGCCAAGCCACCAAUGACAUCGGCGCGGGCAGCCGGGACGUGUCCCUCUGGGUCCAAGAACCCCCUUCCACCACAGCGGCGACCGCCACCACCACCAGCCCGCCCGGCGGCGGCGCGGCCAGCACGGCGCGCUCCCCGUUGACCUCGCCCACGCUGGCCCCCGCGCGGGACAACGAGACGCUGGGCCUGGUGGCGGGCGGCGCGGCGGGCGGCGCGCUGGUCCUGAUCCUGGCUGUGCUGGCCGUCUGCUUCUCGUUGCUGCGCAAGCGGCGCACCUUCCGGGGCGACUACUACACCAAGCAGUACCUGGGCCCGUCGGACGUGCAGAAGGAGACGCAGGUGGACGUCCUGCAGCCGCACGAGGUUUACGGAGACAAAGGCAGCCAGGAGUUCAAGUCCAAACUGUGCGGCGACGUCAUCUGCGACGGCGACGUCUGGGCCGAGCCGGACCUCGCCUAUUGCCCCGACGACUACCAGCAGACGCGGCACCCGCACGGGCUCAGCAACGGCUCGCCGUACCUCCCGGACGGCGACGGCGACUACGUGGCGCACCAGGACGGGUCGGUCAUCUCGCGGCGGGAGUGGUACGUCUGAGUUCAAGCCCUUCACCUCGACGCAUUGACCUCUUGGAAGCUCUCGCCGUCGAGUGACAAAAGGCGCGAGGCUUUCCGACACACUACUGAGAUGACUGACUGACUGGCUGGCCUUGGCUGGCCGGCCUUGGCAGAUGUCAAAGACGCACGCGCACACACCUGCUGGAGGAGCGCCUCCGUUUACCAAAGCUUGCUUCACAUUGGCAAAGGCCAAAGCAAAUGGGAUGGAUGGAACCCGCAAGCAAGCAAGCUGAGUGACAAACUUUGCAUGUCCAGGAAACGCUCGGAAAAAGCUCAACCAGAAAUAUCGGGACAAAUCUUUGCGGUCCUCCCAGGGACAUCAGGAUGCCUCACCAGGAAAAUCGAAAAGAAAUAGUUUGGCUGGAGGAGGAGGAGGAGGAGGACGUCUUUGUGGAGACAUUGUUAGACUCUGACAUCAGCUGAGAAAAAGUGCAAGAAAGUGGAGAGGGGAAGACACGUUCCCCAGAAAGAGGAGGAGACUCGGGCCGGCCGGGCCUGUGUCGCAACGGCGCUUCGGCAAAGCGCUGACAUCAUCGCUAACUUGCACUUUUUUCCUCUCUGCCCUCCAAGAGGAAGCGUGCAAGCCUGGCGGGCGGGCGAGAGCCUCGGCCUCCGCUUUGGCCAAAGCAAAUCCGGCCGUCCAGAGUCCAGAUGCCUUGGGAUGAUUGAUGGCAUCUUUCCAAAAAGAAAAGACGUGUCACACAUGUCACCUUCAGCUCCAAAAUGUGAUUAUUUUUGGGGGGGGGGGGGGGGGGGAAAUGCAUUGCCCUGUGUCUCCACCUCUUUGGGGGUUUUGUGCUGCUGCUUGUGGGCGCAUCCCGUCCCCGCCCUCGCUGAGAAUAAACCUCUUUAAUGUCUCACAGAGAAGCCUGCAGGGGGGCGCGGCGGAGGCGGCCCGCAACUCCCUGGCUAAAUGGCGCCUUCUCCACACAUCUGCAAAACAAAUCCACCUUUUGCGUUUAGGAGGCAAGACAGAAGAAGUUGGGCUUUUGGAAAAGUCUUUUUGCAAGCACUCAUCAAGGGUCCAAAGUACUGUUUCAGUUGAUCACAAAAGUGUUUUUUUUUCCCCAUGUUGGCAGAUCCUUCUUUUUUUUUUUUUUUUUUCUCUUCCCCAUGAUGAAUGCAAAACUUUCUGGAUUUCAGGAAGGAGCGUUUGUACGUGGAGCACUUUGCUCAAGCACAAGCGUCUUCUUCACCUCAUCGACCAUUUUGUCGGUUCGCGUUAGCUUCGGCCGUUUGGGUGCCUUACUUUGUCUCUGAGAUUUCAAGACGCGACAAAAGCUUGUUUGUCUUGCUCGUUUUCAAUGGGACGCGUCCAACUCGUUACGUUAGCGAGCCAAAAUUGGGAAAUAUUGUCUUGUACAUACAUUUUUGAAUUGUUGAAAAAUGUUUCUUUUUUUUCUACCUUUUGUAGCGACUGCUGGCGCUGUCCCGCGAAGCGCCGAUGAAUGAAUGAAUGAACAAGGCUUUGAUUUUGUUUGCAAUAAAAGUUUGUGACUUUA